AGAAAAGUCGCAUGUUCGAGGCCCAGCCAAAGUCCCAGUAUAGUAGGAUCGUCAAAAGUUCUACCUUCUCCGACUCCGAGCUGUUGACGACGAUGCCCUUACGCAGAAGUAGGAUCCACUGCUGACGUUGAAUCUGGACUUAGUUUGAGUUGAUGUUGUGGUAAAAAGGCCCAAAGAACCCAAAUCAAGACCCAAAGUAGCUGAGCUAAGCCACCAACUCGACCUCGAUCGCGGCAGCGACGCAUCGGCGACAUAUCGUACCUGAAGCUAUCACCAAUUCGUCACCCAGACUUUGAACCUCGUGUGGACAUGAGAAUAGGCAGAAGAGAUGGCACUCGUCGACUAUGCUUCUUCAGAUGAGGAAGAUGAAAUUGUGGAGUCUACUUCAACGUCAAAUGCCAACGCAGCUCAAAGUCUAAAGCGCAAACGUGAAGAGAGCGCAUCUGACUUACCGCCUUUGCCCUCUAAAUUCCAUGAUCUGUACGCCUCAACCACCAGAGUCAGCACGAGAGAUGAUCCCAGCCUACAUGGAGGCCGAAAACGAGUAAUGCCUCAUGUGGAGGGUAAUUGGCCAACUCAUCUCUACAUCGAGUGGUAUCCUUCGACAACAGAAUAUAGCUCAUUGGAUGCAUUGGUCUCCUUGUUGAAAGACACUUGGCCACCAGAAGCUACCGACCUCAAAGUCAACUCCUUCUUGACCAGUGACCUAGGUGCUCCUUUACCACUUCAUAUCAGCCUCUCGCGCUCUCUUGGCUUUUCUACAGAACAAAAAGAUGAGUUUGUUUCAGCUAUGGAACGUGCUAUCCAGUCCUCCACCGUUCGACCCUUCGUUGUCUCAUUCGCCGACCUGGAUUGGGUGUCAAACUUCGAGAACACUCGAUGGUUCCUUGUCUUAAAGGUCCUAAAACCAGAUUUGAAUGCUUUGAACAAGCUACUCCACAUCAGCAAUUCUGUCGUACAGGAACAUGGCCAACCACCUUUAUACUCGAAACCGGCCACCACCAAGUCUGACGUCAAGGCACGCAAUCAUUCUGGGAAGAGACGAUCAAUCAAUCACAACUCUGCAUUACUUUAUAAAGACAUGCAAGAUCUUUCAUCGGCCUUUCAUAUCAGUAUCGCCUGGACUCUGACCGAUCCUAGCCAAGAACUUCUCGAUUUAACCAAAUCAGCGAAACUCAACCACUUCGACCCGGUCAAGCAAAUUCAAGUAGUAGUUGAGGAUAUCAAGGUCAAAAUUGGCAAUGUUGUCACAAGUCUACCUCUUCCAAAGAGUGUCAAUUUAGGCAAGAGUCUAUUUGGUGCUUGAUCCAACUGUGACGAAAGCUCAAUCGGGUUCUCCAGACUCUGGCUCUGGAAAAUCGCGAGGAGGCUUCAAGCACAACUUCAAACUGCCACCAAUAGCAAAGACCCAAGGUCAUCUACGUCUUUCGACCAACCCGAUAGAUCUUUGACGAGAUCAUUCUGCCAAUCAUUCGUCUCGGUGCGAAACAUCUUCCUCAGAUUUCCCACCGUUGGCAUCUCGCUGCCAUUUCUAGACGACAGAUACUUCUUGUAUUCAUCUUCCCACGAUGAUGCGGUCUGCGCCAGAAACAUGCUCUUCCCACAAGGUAAUGGAACUUUAUCAAAUCCAACACAGGAUGAUGGUUGAGCCUUUCCAACAUCCAUGUCUAGAAGAUAGGCCAUGAGAUGCAAGACGAUCAUUGUCCU